CCUCAAUAUAGCCUCUAUAUAUAAACUCUCCUAAAUUUUCUCUCUAAUUAAGCUCGAUCAUACUAUCGUGUAUAAUCGUUAGGUUAUUCGAUAAACUUCAAUAAUUACUUACUAAGUGUACUCUUAAAUGAUAAUUACUUUCAUUAACUUCGAUAGUUUUAGAGAUAUUCAUUACUAUUAUUAUGUCAAGAAAAUGAGGCAUCUCUUAGCUAAUUUCAUGCGGCGGUAUUUAUUGGUAAUUCUGGGGUGUUUGGGUCAUUUAACACUGAAAGCUCAAAGCACAGAUGUAAGUUACAUGUGGGCUGUUGAGUAUGGAACUAUGGCUCCUCUUGGUGUUGAACAGCGGGCAAUCCUAAUUAAUGGACAAUUUCCUGGACCAGAGAUUAAUGUUGUUACUAAUGACAACGUUAUUGUUAAUGUGUUUAACCAUCUAGACGAGCCUAUUCUAUUCACAUGGAAUGGAUUAAGACAAACAAAGAAUUCGUGGAUGGAUGGAGUUCCAGGGACAAACUGUCCAAUUCUCCCAAACACAAAUUGGACAUAUAACAUGCAAAUGAAAGACCAAAUUGGGACUUACACAUAUUUCCUCUCUACCCAAUUGCACAAAGCAGCCGGCGGUUUUGGUGCCCUAAACAUCAUACACAGGCGUGUUAUCCCAAUUCCUUAUCCCCAGCCGUCUGAUGAUUUCACACUCCUGGUCAACGACUGGUGGAACACUGACCAUAAGAUUCUACAAAGAGAACUAGAUAUGGGAAACCCUUUCCCUCCUCCCGAUGGACUAAUUAUCAAUGGAGGUGGCCCAAAUUAUGUUACCUUUACUGGAAUUAGAGGACAAACAUACAUGUUUAGGGUGUCAAAUGUGGGCAUGGCAACCUCGAUUAACUUCAGGAUCCAAGAUCACAAGUUGACUCUAGUUGAAGUGGAAGGUGGUCACACAGUUCAAAACCAAUACGACUCCUUUGACAUCCAUGUUGGCCAAUCUGUGGCAUUUCUAGUCACCUUAGACGAAGAUGUCAAAGAUUACUACAUUGUGGCAUCUUCUCGUUUUGUGAAGCCGGUUCUUAAUGCUAUAGCAAUCCUUCACUAUGAUGGAUCCACAACCCAAGCUGUAGGACAGUUGCCUCAUGCUCCAUCAGGUCAAUAUCCCUGGUCAAUGCGGCAAGCCAUGGCUCUCAGGUGGAAUUUGACGGCAAAUGGAGCAAGGCCUAACCCACAGGGGUCGUUCCAUUACGGGAGGAUCCAUACGAGGAGGACCAUUGUACUAGCCAACUCCAAAGAGGUUAUUGACGGCAGAAGACGUUACGCCGUCAAUAAGGUGUCUUACGUUGACCCAGCGACGCCAUUAAAACUUGCCGAUUGGCUCAACAUCACCGGAGUUUUCAACUUAAACACUGUCCAAGAUGUCCCCCCGCCGAGCGCCGCCGUCCUUGGCGUCGGCGUCUUUGGAUGUCAGCUUCACGACUUCACGGAAAUAAUAUUUCAGAAUGCCGAGAACACCCUCCAGUCUUAUCACCUCGAUGGCCACGCUUUUUGGCCUGUCGCGUAUGGAAAUGGUGUAUGGAAUCCUUCUUUUAGGGAAAACUACAAUCUCAUUGAUGCUGCACCUAGAUAUACGGUGCAGGUGUAUCCAUACUCUUGGACAGCCAUAUUGGUGUCUUUGGACAAUAAGGGAAUGUGGAACUUAAGGUCAGCAAUUUGGCCAAGGAAAUAUCUAGGACAACAAGUGUACCUUAGAGUGUGGAACAGUGAGCACAGCCUGUUGACUGAGUUUGACUUGCCACCUGGCACUUUAUUUUGUGGAUUGGCAAACAACCAACAGUUUAGGUGCAGUACACCGGCAUGCAGCUCUUCAUUAAAAGUUUGAUUGUCAGCAGAAACGUUGGACAAAUAUUUGUGGUUUUUGUACUUAUCUAGUUGUCUUACUAAUUUAAUUAAAUUGGAAUAUAUUCGGGGUAGUUUACUUACAAGAAGUUCAUAGAUCAUUAGAAGCUGAAACAAAUACACAAAUCUAUUAAAAUGUUAUGUCCUUUAUUUAGAUACAAGCUAAUUAUUAUACAGAGUACUCCCACAGUGGACUAUGAA